AUGGACCUCGACCAACACAUACACCAUCCAUCCCUACGCAGGAACCCUCGAGUGGCGAGUGACCUGGAGUAUUUGAGCAACAAUUCUAGGAAACCAAUUUACAGCCCAUGCGCAUUUACUUCCACCGCCUCUUACGUCUCUGAGACCACCACCACCACCACCACUACCCUCCAGCACACCAACCAAUUACAAACUAAGAUGUGUACCAAACACUUUGUCGACUCCUACUGCACCUCGUGUGACGAGCUCGUGCAAGGCCGAUCGACAGAAAGCCCUUGCAAACCAAAAUACAGAGGAGAGCAUUUGGGACACUGCGCGGCAGGCAUCGAAAGCAAGACUGUUACCGAAGCCGUGGUGUGCAAGAACUGCGAGAGGAAGCUGAGGAAGAUGGAGAAGAAGAAGAAGGAUAAGGGAAAGGAGAAGGACAAAUAGCAGAAGUGUGGUUGUAGUUCUACUGCCGUGUGUGAAUGAGGAGGAACUACGGCUUGCUGAAUCGCGGAGGAAUGGCAGGAAAGGGUGCCCUCUUAUCAGCACGUGAAGCACUGUUUACGUUCGUGGCAGAAUUCGGGGCAUUAUGACAUUAACUUCCGCCUUUUUCUUGCCCGGAAGCGCUCGAGGGUCCUCGAUCCACGCUGAUCUAGCUGCUUGAGCUUUCUCUUCUGGUCUUGGGAUGCACAAUUUACCCUCCGCAGGUGUAGCUCUCUGUAAAGUACAGAAAGGCAACGCCCUGCGCAUGCUAGAUUUGGUCGUGACUUGCGAUGUGAAAAGGACCACUGUGGAUAUUGCUCCCGCUUCGCUGACAUAUAUGUCCGUUGCGCUCCAACAAUUUAGUAGCAGAGGCGAGCUAUUUGUUCGAAAUUAUAUUCAUCGCCUUGGGGUACUGGGAGGGGAAGACGCUUAACAGGCGACCAAAGGAUAAGUGACAAAGUGCUGAUAACAACACCAAAUUGUGACCCUUG